CUGUAUAUUUUCCUCGUCGAGAAUCCGGAACUGGAGUAACAGAGAGAGAGGGAGAGAGCUCUAUGGAGCCUGCAAAAGGGAGUGGAGAUGGCUACCAAAACGUGAUCGUAAUGCGUCAUGGUGAUCGAAUCGACAAUUUCGAGCCGCUCUGGGUGUCGACAGCCGCGAGGCCGUGGGACCCGCCUCUCGUUCAGGACGGUAUGGUCCGGGCCUUCCGCACCGGUCAGAGGAUCCGAUCUCAGAUCGGAUUCCAGAUCCACCGCGUCUUCGUCUCCCCUUUCCUCCGCUGCGUCCAGACCGCCUCCGAGGUCGUCGCCGCCCUCUCCGCCGUCUCUGUCGAUCCCAACGCCAUGUCUUCCAAGGACGUCGCUUCCAUCGACCAAUCCAGGCUCAAGGUAGCUAUCGAACUAGGCUUGUGUGAGAUGUUAAACACAGUGGCCAUCAGGCGUGAGCUUGCUCCCAAAGAUGGAAUCUUUGGGUUCAACGUUUCAGAUCUCGAAGCCAUGUUUCCUGAUGGAAUGGUGGAUCAUAACGUGGAUCGGAUCUACAAGGAGCUGCCGCGAUGGGAAGAGACAGUGGAGGGUUGUAGAGAUAGGUACUUGAACAUUGUCAAGGCUCUAGCAGAUAAAUACCCUUCUGAGAACUUGCUGUUAGUCACCCAUGGGGAAGGAGUAGGAACUGUGUUUUCCACGUUACUCGAAGAUGUAACAGUGUACGAAGUGGACUACUGUGCAUAUGUCGAGUUGAGAAGACAAACAUCCAGAAAAGAUGGGUCGCUUGAAGCUGGGGACUUCGAGGUUAUAACCAGUCACGGUCAAGCGGGAAUCCGAUACUAUCCCUCGGGCAUCACAGACCAUGAUCCUGUCAUAAGCCAAACUCCAGUCUAAUCACUGUCUCAUUUUCACCAAAUGUUCUUGUAUCUGGUUUGUAUUCGAGCUCCUUUUGUGUGAUCAUGGAUUCCCAAUUUCGUUCAAUCAAUAAGAUCAUUGUUCUGCGCUU